GCCGGUCGCGCAUGCUCAGUGGCGUUUCCGCACAUUCGAUUUAUCUUGAGUAAUAUUUGAAACGUGGAAAAGGGGAGUUAUAACCCUUCUUUACAAGGCUGUUUCACCCUGAAAUAAUCUCUAUCAGGGGUGAACCCUGGCACUAGUUCAUCAUGCCGGCACCUUUGAAGUUAAGGGAUCUCAUCCGCACCAUCAGAGCAGCAAGAACAGCAGCUGAUGAGAGAGCAGUCAUCUCCAAGGAAUGUGCUUCUAUCAGAGACGCAUUCCGUGAGGAAGACAAUGACUUUCGCUGCCGCAGUGUUGCCAAAUUAUUGUAUAUUCACAUGUUAGGCUACCCUGCUCAUUUUGGCCAGCUUGAGUGUCUGAAGUUGAUAGCAUCACCCAAGUUUACUGACAAACGAAUAGGGUAUCUUGGUGCUAUGUUGCUCUUGGAUGAGAGACAGGAUGUUCAUUUACUUGUAACAAACUCCAUGAAAAAUGAUAUGAACCAUACCAACCAGUUUGUUGUCGGACUGGCACUCUGCGCACUUGGAACCAUUUGUUCGCAAGAAAUGAGCAGGGAUUUGGCGGGUGAAAUUGAAAAACUUAUUAAGUCUACUAAUUCAUAUAUUCGUAAAAAGGCAACAUUGUGUGCUACUCGGAUCAUUAGGAAAGUUCCAGAAUUGAUUGAGAUCUUUGUUCCUUCCACAAGAUCAUUGUUACAUGAAAGAAAUCAUGGUGUUCUUCUUACUGGUAUAACUCUUGUGACUUCCAUGUGUAACCUGAAUACAGAAACUCUAUCACACUUUAAAAGGCACGUAUCCACRCUAGUGAAAGUUUUGAAGAAUUUGAUCAUGUCUGGCUAUUCCCCUGAACACGACGUAUCUGGCAUUAGUGAUCCUUUUCUUCAGGUUCAAAUUAUCAGACUACUUAGAAUACUUGGUAAAGAUGAUGAAGAAGCCAGUGAACACRUGAAUGACGUCUUGGCACAGGUUGCCACCAAUACAGAAACAAGCAAAAAUGUAGGAAAUGCUAUUCUUUAUGAAACAGUGUUAACAAUCAUGGAUAUCAAGUCUGAAAGUGGUCUUAGGGUUCUAGCAAUUAACAUUCUUGGAAGAUUCCUCUUAAAUAAUGACAAGAAUAUACGAUAUGUAGCCCUUAAUACUUUGCUGAAGACAGUAACUGCUGACUAUAAUGCCGUCCAGAGACACCGCAGUACUAUCCUGGAUUGUCUAAAGGACCCAGAUAUUUCAAUUAGGCGGAGGGCCAUAGAACUGUCAUUUGCUCUUGUUAAUACAAGCAAUAUCCGUGGUAUGAUGAAAGAACUACUUGCAUUCCUGAACAAAACAGAUGUAGAAUUUAAAUCUUAUGUGGCGUCUAAUAUACUUCUGGUGGCAGAUAAACAUUCCCCUAACAAGCGAUGGCACAUUGAUACCAUGAUGAAAGUACUUACUACAUCUGGUAACUACGUAAUGGAUGAAACAGUACCAAGUCUGAUACACAUGGUGUGUGCCUCCAGUGAACUACAGGCCUACAGUGUACAAAGAUUGUUCAAGGCUAUGCAACAUGACAUCAGUCAGCAAUCUCUGGUACAGAUAGGCUCAUGGUGUUGUGGGGAGUUUGGAGAAAAGCUGUUAAUAGACAUUGAAGAAGAUGAACCUCAAGGGAUAACAGAGCGAGAUGUGAUAGAUGUUUUGGAAAGCAUUCUAUAUAGUUCCCAUUCAACAGCUGUCACCAGAGACUAUGCUUUAAAUGCUGUCAUGAAACUAAGUACACGCUUCACACAAGAAAUAGAUCGUAUCCAAGCUGUGGUCAAGAAUUUUGGCUGCAACAUGGAUGUAGAGUUACAACAGCGUGGGGUUGAAUAUGGUGCUUUGUUUGACAAGUACAACAAUAUGAGGCCUGGGCUUCUGGAGAGAAUGCCGCUUGCAAAGAUAAGCAAGAUGAAUGGUGAUCUUACUAAUGGUGAAGUGGAACCAGACACACCACCAGAAUUAAAACAAGUAGAAAUUGAACAAAAACCUCCACAGCAGAAACAAGACUCUGAUGCUCUUCUUGAUCUUCUUGGUGGAGGYGAAACUAUAAAUACAGCUCCGCCUGAACCAUUAGCUGUUCCAAAACCAGCAUCGUCUGGUGGGGAUCUUCUGGAUCUGCUUGGGGGACUUGACAUGGGACCUACCACUGCCCCAGUUGGUUUAAACCCAAUGGCUCCCUUAGCUUCCAUGAACCAAGCACCAAAUCUGCUCUCUGGUGGUGGGUUGUUAUCACCUGGUAACACUAGCCAACCAGCAAUGCAAGUGAACAAUGAAAUGCCUGUACAAUCAUCAGGAAUCCCCCCAUUAACAGCAUACGAAAAAGGUGGACUCAAAAUAGACUUCAGUUUUGAGAGAGACCCUAAUAACCCAUGUCUAUCUACCAUUUCUGUCAAUGCCGUCAACUCACUCUCAGUACCCAUGACAGACUUUAUUUUCCAGGCUGCUGUACCCAAGACAUUUCAGCUCCAGAUGCAAAGUCCAUCAGGAAAUAUGAUCCCACCAAACAACACUGGAUCAGUUACACAAAAGAUACAAGUCAAUAACCCACAACAGCAACCGCUAAGAAUGCGUAUCAAGAUAUCAUACAAGUUAAAUGGAGCACCCAUCUCUGAACAAGGAGAAAUCAACAAAUUCCCGCCAGGGAUUUGAUGGCUUGUCCCUGAACAAAACCAAGGGCCAAAGCCAGUUUUUGUACCAAUCAGAGCCCUACUGUAUAUGUAUAGAAAUGUAUUUUUAAGAUUGGUCGAUUAGUAAUUUCCACAAUUACCAGUAAUUGAUUUUUAA